CACAAGUGAGACGUCCUCUCCGUGUUUGCUCGAGGGAGAUUGGAGAAGAAAAAAAAAGAAAAGAAAGAUCAAAAAGGCAUUCGCUGCUGAUCUGCUUUUAGGCUCCGCCCACUCGAGCAGCUCGCGUGUGCUCCGCUCGCCUUUGGAACGCAGACCGCCACGUGAAACGAACCCACCAAGAAGCAGGAUGUUGUCUCGGACGCUGUCCUGCGCACGCGCAUGCGCAGCCGGAGCCGGACGAGUCGCGAGCGCGAGGCGUUCGGCGCCCGGCGGGAGCGUCUUCGUCCCGUUGCCCGAUCGUCGGUUUUGCCCGAGCGCUCGCUCCCGCCGUUACGGAGGCGUCAGCGCCGCAGACUCUCACGGGACUCCGGCGUCAACUUCUUCAGCCCGUCCCAAAUCGUACAGUUACGUCGUCGUCGGGGCGGGCUCGGCGGGCUGCGUUCUCGCCAACCGCCUCACGGAGGACGCCCGGGAAUCGGUCUUGUUGCUGGAAGCCGGGCCGAAAGACUUGUCGCUCGGCAGCGUACGCUUGUCGUGGAAGAUCCACAUGCCGGCUGCGCUGACCUACAACCUUUGCGACAACAAGUACAACUGGCACUACCACACUUUGCCUCAGGCCCACAUGGACAAGCGGGUCAUGUACUGGCCGAGGGGGCGCGUCUGGGGCGGCUCGUCUUCGCUCAACGCCAUGGUGUACGUGCGCGGGCACGCCGAAGACUACAACCGGUGGCAGAGGGAAGGAGCGGAGGGCUGGGAUUACGACGGCUGCCUGCCUUACUUCAGGAAGGCGCAGUGCCACGAACUGGGCGCCGACAGGUACCGCGGAGGCAGCGGCCCGCUGCGCGUGUCCCGGGGGAAGACCGACCAUCCUCUCCACCGGGCCUUUAUUGAGGCCGGCCAGCAGGCGGGAUACCCGUUCACUGACGACAUGAACGGAUACCAACAAGAAGGCCUGGGCUGGAUGGACAUGACCAUUUUUAAAGGGAAGCGGUGGAGCACAGCCAGCGCCUACCUGAGACCGGUCCUGGAUCGACCCAACCUGAAGACCGAGGUGCGCUGCCUGACCACCAAGAUCCUGUUUGACGGCCGCCGAGCGGCGGGCGUGGAAUACGUGCAGAACGGAGAGACCAAACGGGCGUUUGCAGAUAAAGAGGUGAUCCUGAGCGGCGGCGCCAUCAACUCGCCGCAACUCCUGAUGCUGUCCGGCGUGGGGAACGCCGACGAGCUCAGGCGACACGGCAUCCCCGUGGUCCAGCACCUACCGGGUGUGGGCGGCAACCUGCAGGAUCAUUUGGAGUUGUACGUCCAGCAGAAGUGCACUCAGCCCAUCACGCUGUACAAAGCCCAGAAACCUUUCCGCAUGGUCCGAAUAGGCCUGGAGUGGCUCUCGGUCUUCACCGGCGACGGCGCGACGGCACACCUGGAGAGCGGAGGCUUCGUCCGCAGUCGGCCGCACGUGCCGCAUCCGGACAUCCAGUUUCACUUCCUGCCCUCGCAGGUCAUCGACCACGGGCGGGUCGCUUCCAAGAUAGAAGCUUAUCAGGUUCACGUGGGACCAAUGAGAAGCACCAGUGUCGGCUGGAUGAAGUUGAAGAGCCCCGACCCUCAGGACCACCCGAUUCUGCAGCCCAACUAUCUCGCCACAGACGUCGACGUUUCGGAGUUCAGAGAAUGUGUCAAACUCUCCCGGGAGAUUUUUGCCCAGAAGGCCUUCGACCCGUUCCGGGGCGCCGAAGUCCAGCCCGGUCCUCAGAUCCGGUCCGACGCCGACAUCGACGCCUUCGUGCGCCGCAAGGCUGACAGCGCGUAUCAUCCGUCGUGCACGUGCAAGAUGGGCGCGACCUCCGACCCGAUGGCGGUCGUGGACUCCCAGACGCGCGUGCUCGGCGUCGAGGGCCUCCGCGUGGUCGACGCGUCCAUCAUGCCGAGCAUCGUUAGCGGCAACCUCAACGCUCCGACCGUCAUGAUAGCGGAGAAGGCCGCCGACCUCGUCAGAGGUCGCCCGCCGCUGGUUGACCCGCAGGUUCCGGUGUAUCAGCCGCCGACGCUUGACACCCAAAGAUAAAGCCAGAACGAGCCUUUUGUUUACUUUCCCGUCAUGUCACUGUUGUAACGAAACACAGAACACGCAUGCGCAUAUCCCAAUCGCGAGUUCAUCACAGGCCUCAGUUAGGAAACCCUUCACGCUCACAGUUCCGUCGAUGCUGAGCGGGAACUGAACCCCAGUGCCGACAAGUACGUUUGAGCUUCGUCAUCGCAAUGUACGUGUGCGCAAUAGUCACAUCGUGGCGUCCCACGCGAUGUGUCGUGCAGUCAAUCGACGGUAAUAUUCAUGAGUAGGCAGCAGAGGGGCCUCUUUGGACAUGCGAAUAAGAUUAGCACCGAUGUUACGGUCAAUUCUAACUCAUCAAACAACACACAUGGAGCCGCUCAGUGUGUUAUCGAACUAUUAAUGGGGGCACAGGAAGCAAUUACACAUCUGCAUUUACUGUAUCGCUCUUCAGCAUGUGACAAACGAAAGCAUGUCGCAAGCGAUUACACUCGGGAGGAGGGAGGCGAGCGACGGCAUUACUGAAGGGACAAACUUCAGGUGUACGCAACAACGUGGUUUUGCUUAAGCUAAAGCACUCAAACAUAGAAAAACAUGCGCGGAAAAUCACGGAUUGAUAAAAAAAAAACAACAACAACUAAGGAAUAGUGUUAGCGAUGCGCUAAUGACUAUAUAUAUAUAUAUAUAUAUAUAUAUAUAUAUAACUGGGCAUGAAGAGAAAUGAUUAUAACUUUGUCCGGCUGGACUGCUGCUCAUUUAAAUCCAGGUUGACUCCGUAUACAUCUGUGCUACAUCUAGUGAGCAUCGAUUUUCUGGAGGGGUAAAAAGAGAACAAAAUGUGUGCUGGUUUCCACGUUCCGUGUAUGCAUGUUCUUCUCUUGCUGGGGUGGGUUUCAUCAGUAUACGCUUGCUUCCUCCCGCAUUCCAAAACAUCCAUGUUGGGUUUAUUGAACGUUUUGUUUUUCAGUUUCGCAUUGGUGUGUUUGUCUGUGUGCGCCCUCCAAUUUACAACCAGUCAGCUGCGAUAGGCGCUGAUUCACCCUUGACCCAAAGGAACACAAAUGCAAAUUGAUGGAUGGAUAGACAUUUCUCCGAUCUCAGGUGUGUUUGACGUUCCUUAAAUUGCGCCGGCCGAUGCAAAACACUACGUUUGCUAAUGAACGCUUGAUCGGUUCAUCGCCCGACGAUCUCCAUUCGAAUCCAUCUGUUCUUUCUUUGAAUCUCCGAUUCCUAAAUUGAGGUCACAGCAAUGCGCUUGGUUUUAUCUGAAAAGAUCACGAGCGAGCAGUCGUCUUCCUUCCUCAGUACGUGACUUUGCGCUAACUUGCACCAUCGCAGGACGUCGGCCCCAAAUUGACACAGAGCAGAGAACUGCUGCAAAAACUGAUAUCGCAGACCCUUAAGACGCCAGAAGCCUUCGUGCGGGUGCUGUUUCCACUCACAUCUGUUUCAACUGCGACACUGGAAACUUCCAGCUUUGAUUGCAUAACGUUAAUCGUUUCCUGUCCACACACGAGAAGCAGCAGCGCUCGGUUUACUGGCAUGGCAAAAUGUUUUUGCAUUUUUCUUUUUGUUUCGGGGAGUGUCGGCAUGGCCGCUCCUUGUUACGCAGAAUUGGGUUUCCGCAUAAAACAAGCCACGUGCCUCAUGACUAAACGAGGGGCUAAUUUUGCAAUACUAUUUGAUAUGGGACUGCCCUCCUGCUGCAAAUGCAGAACAAGUCUUACAAACCCAAGCAAAUGUCCUGUUUUCGAUUUCAUACGUAAGAUGGAGGUUUAUUGAUCUUUAAGCAAGUGGAAAUUGCUACCUUUGAAGAUGAUUGGGAAUAUUGUUCCGUCGGUAGAAGGCCGCACGUAUUGCAUUGCGGUGGCGUCAGUAGUCGUAAUAAUGCGGAAAUUGGUGUAAUUACCCCCUACGAUAGCAGCUUAAUAUUACAAGGACGGCUAGCAUAUAAUAAUGAAGAAAAAAAAUAAUAACAACAAUUGCUCCGUCAUUGCCGCGACAACCUACUUGUGAGGUUGAACUUUUUGUGUUUUGACGAUGAAUUCACGAGCUUGUCAUUUAAGCAAUGUACAUUCGUUUACCGCAUUCAUCCAUCCAUUUUCCGAGCCGCUUCUCCUCACGCGGGUCGCGGGCGUCGCCGGUCGGGCGAGAGGCGGGCUCCACCCGGAACCGCUCGCCAGCCAAUCGCAGGGCACAUACAAACAAACAACCAUUCGCGCUCACUUUCGCACCUACGGGCAAUUUAGAGUCUUCAAUCCACCUACCACGCAUGUUUUUGGGGAUGUGGGAGGAAACCGGAGUGCCCGGAGAAAAGCCACCCAGGUUUGUUUACCACAGUGUCUUGAAAGGGGAAAAAAAACAAAUGAAAUUGUGCUUCUUAAAUGAAGGGGGGAGUCCUGGAGCACAAAACAAUGAUUCGCUAUUGUUAUUAAGCAAAUUGGAGCAGUUGCACAUUGAACGGACUGUGAUAAUUAACACGUAAUGAGUCUGAACUGUCUAAGUAAGCUUUGCACUACACGACCAAGAACCUGAGCCCGGCGUUAAUGCCGCGACACGAAAUGAGCUUUUUAAUGUUGAAAUCAUCUCAAAUGUGUUCAUUGUAAAAGGGACAACAAUUAAAAGCCUUACAGCUUUUUUCCGUGUCGCUGUUUUAUUUACGGUUUCUAAUUAUCGUGACCCCACACUAGAGCACGACGAGCCAAUCCUGACUUUGAUUUUAUGAGAAGAGAAUUGCAGUGUGCAAAAGAGACAUUUUGUUUGCCAUUUGUAGAAAAUCUAAUAUGAACGUGUGAUAGAAAGCUUACGUUUUUAUUUUGUACAACAGUUAGGUAGAAAGCAAACCUUCGCUUACAAUAUUUAGUAAACAUUCAUAAAGGAGUGUAACGUUACAAAACAUAUUUCAAUCAAUAAAAAAACAAAGACCGCACACACACACACACAAAUGUAUAUUCCCCUCCACAUACAAUAUAUAAUAACCGCAUUCAUUCUUUUUGUUUCCUGUCGUUACCGGUUGCUGUGAUUGCACACCAUUUUAUGACGCAUCGCGUUCCCAAUCGGAUUUUGAUUUUUGAUUUUUAUGGUGCAAUCUGUCAAUCUGUGCAAUCAAUCUGCUGCUCUGGUUUUUUUUUUUAUCUGGCCUACUUAUCACUUUAUCAUUCCAAAACAAAAAACAUUGUAUGUAACAGUUUUUGACGAUGUAUUUUUAUUCUAUUUAUUGUGAGUUGUUUGUUUUUUCUUUGCCGAUUUGAAACAUUCUGCUCUGUGCUGCCUUAACACCUGAAAGAAUGAUUUGAAGUGGCAGAUUGUCUUCCCUUCCGAACAGGUUCAUCCAUCGGUUUGCGUGUAGAGUAGUACAAUAGCUUUAGUUGUGUUCUUUAUUUUUACCUAAAUUGAGAACGCUGCAGUCAGGUCUCCAUCGACAUAUCAUUCCAAAUGAGAGAAAUCCUGAGUUGGUCAAAAUCUCUAUUUUUGGUUUCGCAUUUCCAGAAGCCCUCAACUGCACAACUGUCAUUAAUAACGCAAUUCCAUGAAUAUAAAGUGGUGGAAGAUAUCGUCUUCUUUUUGGCAUUGUCGUUUGAACUUUGAAGGAUGCUGAAAUAAAAGGCCAAUAUCGAUCAAGACGUUUUGUAUUGGCGCGACGCCGGCCUGUGGGGUAAAGCACGGUCGACUUCACGUCGUAUCGAAUCACAAUCCGCGCUGUACUGUAAAUGCGAUUCGGAAGGAGGUAAACGCAGCUAUUCGACGAGACCGUUGCGACCUUUGCAUGACAAAUCCAUUUUGUAACCCUGAGACCGGAGCCCAUUCAAAAGAUGGCCAAAUUCCAUGCAGUUUAAACAUAUUACACUGAUAUUAAACUCGCUCGGCCAAAACAUUUUGCAGCAGUUAUUCGUCUUCUCGAGCUCGUUUUCCCACAGGUCCGCGUCAACAAUUGCAUU